AUCCUAUCAUCGACUCUGUAGAUUGACGUGAUGGAUGCAGUGAUCCUUGCCAGUUUAACAAAAACUUUUGAUCUCGUUAAUCUCACUGUGUCAUCACCUUUUGAUCACUCUGACUAUUGCGCCCAUCUCACUCUUUUCGCUCUGUUUCUCUCGGUCUGCUUCUUUCGGUUAAUACAUCCAUUUCACUCUUUUUCUCCACUUCCGUCACUUCACGUUUUUCCAGCUACUGUGCAUAAUUACUUCUUUCCACUCUGUUUCUGCGACUUCACAUGCUCAACUAGGGAGAACAUUUCAGCAACACUCUACUCUGCAUUUGUCAGUCGUUUUUCACUUUAUCUUCAUUGUUUGUUCUGUCUGACUAUUCAGCCCAUUUCACUCAUUUCAACUACCUCACCUAUUUCACUUUUUCCAGCUCAUUCCAGCCGUGAUGCCUAUUUUACUCUUUUUGCUCUUUCCCACACUUGUACUCCUCUCACUUAUUGCGACGGUUUCCCUUAUCUCACCCAUUCAUUUCACUCUCUGAGUCUUUUCAGACACACACCAUUUUCGACCUUUCCGUUCUAUCGGACCUUCCAAUCACUUUCAGCUCUAUUACCACUUUCACUUUUCUCUAAUCACCAGUUUCAACCUUCCCAAUCUUUCCACCGUUCCCACUCAUUUACACCUCUUAUAUGCGCGCGGGAAGGGUGGCGUUCACAUGCUCUCCGCCUACUGCUCGGAUUCAAGCAGCACCUAUUUGGUUUUACCCAACUUUUUCAUCACUUUCCACCGUUGUAUCUUUUCUUUCGUCUAUCUGAAGUCUGCGAAAGUUCCGCACCCCUCUCUACAAAGUGAAAUGCAUUUCACUCCACUUCAACCCAAUCUAAUCAAUGUCAUACGUUCCGCCCAUUCAACCAUUUCACUUUUUUUUCACAACUUUCAGCCCAUCCAACUUUUUGAAACUCUCAAUCUUCUCAACUGACUCAUCCCUUUCAACCCUUCCGUUGCCAGUGCCUCAGCUCUGUCACCCCUACCACCCUUCUGCCUAAUUGCUGAAGCAAGUUGGUCAGGCAGAAUCAAGGAGCGAGCAAGACUCGAGUCACAAGCCCCACACCCAACUUCCCUCUCGCCUAAUUUUUCUUGGCAUCUGCUGUUAGUGAAUGAGUGAGCCUACCACCAAAUUACUAACAGCCGAAA